CCACAUAACAACCGUGAGUGUCUAACUCACCGUGCUAGAAAAAAAAACUUUAAAAUAUAAAAAAAAUACAAAAUACAAAACCUACAAAAUCUAAACAAAAACAAGAACCAGAAAUACUUGAAACAAACGCUUUAAAAAAAAAUCGUAAAAAUUGUAAUUUAAAAAAAUAUCGUAAACAAGAGGCCUCGGGUUUAUCCCAACGUUGGCGUCUUUAAAAAAACAAAAAAACAAGGAGGAAUCGGAGCAGUAAGGGAUUUUUUUUCUUUUUCAAUUCAGAUUUUUCUUUUAUUUAAAGUUGUCUUCAUCGGGCUGGAUCAGACAGCCACAGACCUCCCAGUCUUUAUUCUGACGAGUGAACCGCAGUCUGGAGUCCUUUAUAACGGCUUUUUUUUGAAUGAUCAUUUUCUGUUCGAGAGAAGCUUCAUUUUAACUGAGUCAAGUCCGAGGAAUGAACACAGCGACCGGGAGUUAUCCGAUGGCUUCUCUCUACGUGGGCGACCUGCACCCGGACAUCACGGAGGCGAUGCUGUACGAGAAGUUCAGCCCCGCCGGACCGGUGCUCUCUAUCCGGGUCUGUCGAGACAUGAUCACCCGGCGAUCCCUGGGGUACGCUUAUGUCAACUUCUCCCAGCCUGCAGACGCCGAGAGAGCCCUGGACACCAUGAACUUUGACGUUGUGAAAGGGAAGCCCAUCAGAAUCAUGUGGUCCCAGAGAGACCCCUCCCUCAGGAAGUCUGGAGUGGGCAACGUGUUCAUCAAGAAUCUCGACAAGACCAUUGACAACAAGGCCCUGUACGACACCUUCUCCGCCUUUGGCAACAUCCUCUCCUGCAAGGUGGUGUGUGAUGAAAAUGGGUCCAAGGGCUAUGCCUUCGUCCAUUUCGAGACCCAGGAUGCUGCUGACCGCGCCAUUGAGAAGAUGAACGGGAUGCUUCUGAAUGACCGCAAGGUGUUUGUGGGUCGUUUCAAAUCGCGCAAAGAACGGGAGGCUGAACUCGGUGCCAGAGCCAAAGAGUUUACCAAUGUCUACAUCAAGAACUUUGGGGACGAUAUGGACGAUGAGCGGCUGAAGGUGUUUUUUGACAAAUAUGGUAAAACCCUCAGCGUAAAAGUGAUGACAGACCCCACUGGCAAAUCCAGAGGCUUUGGAUUUGUUAGUUACGAGAAACACGAGGAUGCCAACAAGGCAGUAGAGGACAUGAACGGCACAGACCUCAAUGGCAAGACCGUGUUUGUGGGGCGGGCGCAGAAGAAGAUGGAGCGGCAGAACGAGCUAAAGAGGAAGUUUGAGAUGCUGAAACAAGAAAGGAUCAGUCGUUACCAGGGUGUAAAUCUGUACAUUAAGAACCUGGACGACACCAUCGAUGAUGAGAAACUGCGUAAGGAGUUCUCUCCAUUCGGAUCCAUCACAAGUGCCAAGGUGAUGCUGGAGGAGGGCCGCUCCAAAGGCUUCGGCUUUGUCUGCUUCUCCUCCCCUGAAGAAGCCACCAAGGCUGUGACCGAGAUGAAUGGCCGGAUCGUUGGCUCCAAACCGCUCUACGUGGCUCUGGCUCAGCGCAAAGAGGAGCGCAAGGCCCACCUCACCAAUCAGUACAUGCAGCGCAUCGCAGGCAUGAGAGCCAUGCCCGCUAAUGCCAUCAUCAAUCAGUUCCAGCCCACCAGCGGAUACUUCAUGCCAGCAGUGCCACAGCAGGCCCAGAAUAGGACUACAUACUAUGCACCCAAUCAGCUGGCCCAAAUGCGGCCCAACCCCCGGUGGCAGCAACAAGGUGGUAGAGGUCAAGGUGGUUUCCAGGGGAUCCCCAACUCACUGCGUCAGCCAGGACCUCGGGCCAACCUGAGACACAUGACUCCUAAUAACAACACACAGGGACCACGAGGUGCUGGCCAGUCCAUGGCUCCUCGUCCCUCCAUGGGUGUCCCAGGCCCCCGAGCCAUGCCACCUUACAAAUACGCCACUGGCGUCCGCAACCCCAACCCUCAGGUGGUGCAGCCGAUUGCCUUACAGCAGGCUCAGCCAGCUGUGCACGUUCAGGGCCAGGAGCCCCUCACAGCAUCCAUGCUGGCUGCAGCACCCCCUCAGGAGCAGAAACAGAUGCUGGGGGAGCGUCUUUUCCCUCUGAUUCAGGCCAUGCAUGCCAACCUGGCGGGAAAGAUCACUGGCAUGCUGCUGGAGAUCGACAACUCUGAGCUGCUUCACAUGCUGGAGUCUCAUGAAUCUCUGCGCUCAAAGGUGGAAGAAGCUGUCGCCGUGCUUCAGGCCCAUCAGGCAAAGAAAGACGCCACUCAAAAAGUGGGCACCAUGGCUACUACUGCUGCUGCUGCCACAUCCUGAAGACUGUGUGUUGUAAUGGAGUGGGCGAAGAAAAAGCCAAUGGGAAGAGAAACACUACGCUGACUCCAAACACCAGAGCCUUCUGAAGUAUUAUGCAAAAAUGUAAAACCAAGAAAAAAAAGGAAAAAUGGAAUUUUGAAGAAUACUUGAACAUUUAAAAAACAUUUCAGUUAAUAAUUUUUUAGAUCUGUAAUACGUUUUAAAUGAAUUUUGAACGAAGGUCCUUCAAUCACUGGCGAAAGAGAUACACGUUUUCUAGAAGGAAAAUGAGCCUCGUUCUUUUUCUUUGCUUGACAUUUGAUACUUGAUUUGAAAUGAAGGACUCAUCCGAUCAUGUUUUCAUGGGUGUGUGGUAUUCUCAAUAAAGGGCUGAUACAUCAAGGUCA